GGUCAUACCCUUUCAAACAAUAAUAAAUGGCUCAUUCUUCUUGGCCUUUCUCAUUCAUUAUGCUGCUUCUGCUCACACAUUUCAAUGGUGGUGACUCCAUUCCAAUCAAAUCAAAGGCAACUAAUGCAAAUCUUACAACAGAGACUGGUUGGUAUAAGCAAGACUUUUGGAAGUACCUUGGUCGAAAUGUAACUGAAGUUUCAGACAAAAUAUACAGAGGAGGAUUGGCAUGUGGCAGUUGCUUGCAGGUGAACUGCAUCAAUCAGACUCAUUGCAAAAACAACAGUGUCAAUUUGGUUGUGGUGGGUUCUGGUUAUGCAGGAGAAAAUGAUUUUCUGAUCAAUUGGGAUGCCUACAAACAAUUGUUCCCUAAUGGCACAAGUUUCCAAUUGCCAGGGAGUAUUGACAUUGUUUACAAUAGAGUGCCUUGCCGAUAUCCUCACCAUAACAUAACCAUUUGGGUGGAAAAAAGUACCCCUUCUUUCAUGCAGCUUGUAUUUUGGUAUGUGGGAGGCAGCAGUGAUAUAGGUGGAGUUCAACUUAGAGAGGUGGAGGACUUGAAAUGGAGAGAUUUGCAACUUAGAAAUGGUUCUCCUGUGUGGUGGAUAAACUUUUGGGAUACAUAUGACCGUUCGCUAGAGGAUAAUUUUGUUGUUCGUUUUAAUGUGAGUGACGGUUCCAGAUAUGGAUGGACCAAUGCUUCUAAUGCCAUACCAUUUUCUGAUGCAAAUGCUUGGUCUUCUGGAGCUAAAUAUGAUUCUGGAUUGCAGCUUAUUUAG